AUGUGUCUGCUCGGAUCUCAGGGUGUGCAGAAGCAAAGAGCUGUACGAGUCGUCCUUGCCUUAGUGAUGGCAUUUUUCAUCACCUGGACACCCUACAACAUCACCCUGCUGGUGGACACUGUCUACACCAACCAAAGCAUCAACAAUAGCAUAGCCUGUGAGACCACCACAGCACUGGACAUUGCCAUAACUGCCACCUCCACUCUGGGCUACAUGCACUGCUGUGUGAACCCGGUGCUCUAUGCAUUUGUUGGAGUGAAGUUUAGGCGCCAUCUUCUGGACUUGAUAAAGCCGUUCAGAUACAGGCUGCAGACCCGCGUGGAUACAGUGUCUCGCAAGAGCUCUGUGUGGUCUGCAGACACAUCACAAACCUCAGCUUUCUGAUGGAGCAAUACACACUCUCCUGAAGCCAAUUUGGAUUCAUGCAUCUAGAGGUUUGAACACCACAAAAUAUCGAGAAGAAAUAUUAGCUGAAUAUUCUCCGAAAAGUAGGGUCCAAAAGUCUUGAGUCUGCUACCCAGGAAAAGUUUUUAGUAUUCAAACCUAAAACUUUGUUGUGAAAUUAUUUUCUUCAAACAAGAUUACAUUGUUCUAUAUUACGUAAAUCAGAAGAGUUAACUAAAAACUAACAAUAACAAUAACAAACUAGUAAACACCCAUACGAAUUGAGUUUUAUGAUCAGUUAACAGUGUGUCUGAAUUGGACGUGUUAUCAUUUGAAUGAAGCACACAAGAAUUUUAAUAACUGAAACAUAUGAUGUGUGAA